AUGUCAUAUAAUCAAGAGGCGUCUCCGUCUAAAGAGCAAAAGCCAUCGCAGAUCAAAUUCAUCCGUGCAGCGCAAAUGAGCAUGUUUGCAAAUGUAUCAUCCUGGCCGCCGCUGGGCCAGGUGACCUUUGUAAAAAGGAAAAAGGACGUCAGCGGUGGAAUUGCAUCCAAGGACAAGGUUAGAUUCACCGUGCUGCUCGAAUCAAGCGGCUCGUUUCCGGAACAAACCUGGGAGGUCGCCAUCUGGCAUAAUGUCCACGGGGCGUGGGCUGAACUCCUGCUGCAAAAAGUUACUGGAACACGGCUUCCUAUAGCGCUGGGACGGCAAAAUACAAAGUCGAAUUACCGUCGGCAUACAUUUUCCCAGGAGCUUGAGUUUCCUACGGGUGGGAGACAUGCAGCAUUCACGGUCAAGUAUCGAAUCGAUGCAGAUUCUCCGUGGCAGUGGGUGAAUGCACAGUUUGGAACGAAGGAUGGAGAAAUUGUCUUUGAUCCGCCCCGGUCAUGGGUUGAGAAAUACAAUGAUGGCGACCCAGCUGGUCAAUUGGCUGAUUUUAUCAGGAAUCUGAAUCCCGAAUUGAAUGUGGAGCAUCAUUUGAGCGAAGCUCCAGGUGCGGUCUUGUGGAGUGUUACGGGCAAAGUUGGGCCUGCAGUCAAAGACAAGAGUGGGCAUGCGAUGAUAGCGCUCGGUUUGCCGAAAGAAUUCGUGAGGAACUUUUCCCUUGUUCGGAUAUGGAGUCCAUGGCUGGCUCCAAGGCAUGGAUUGGAAACAUACCGGCUGACGGAAGAUGCCAUUCUAUCGGCGUUUCUGCGCAAGGAUGGACUCUCGUUGGUGCUUUUGGCAGUAAGUGGUCCAACGAAUGUGGUGACUCUACUCAAGUCCGGCGAGUCAGGCGUAUUCAUCUCUGCGAGAAACGACGAAGUCGAAGAAUCCGAUGUGAAGGUGCUUUCCGCGGUAGCUCCAUCCUUUGACCUGGCCAUCGCGGCUGUGAUGUAUGAGGCUAGGAAAUGUGCGAGAAAUUUUGUCCAGUCGACGCCACCUGCUGAAUCAUAUGAGAGGACAAACAAUGCUGAAGGUGUUGAUGCCCAAUGGCUCUCUACCUGGUAUGACGGUUUGGCAUACUGCACCUGGAAUUCGUUAGGCCAAGAUUUGACAGAAGAGAAAAUAUUCAAAGCAUUGGAGACUUUGGAAACAAACGGUAUCAACAUCGCCAACCUUAUCAUAGAUGAUAAUUGGCAAUCCUUGGAUAACAAAGGCCAGUCGCAGUUUACACGAGGCUGGACAAGUUUUGAAGCCAACCCGGAAGGAUUCCCCAACGGAUUAAGGCAUACCAUUGAUGGCAUCCGCACCAAGCAUCGAAAUAUUAAACAUAUUGCUGUCUGGCAUGCUCUCAUGGGAUACUGGGGAGGAAUAUCCCCAGAUGGGGAGCUUGCAAAGAAAUAUAAAACAAAAAUAGUCCAAAAGGCCGAUCGCAUUGCUGGGGGAAGCAUGCUCGUCAUCGACCCUGACGAUAUCCAUCGUUUUUAUAAUGACCUAUAUUCCUUUCUGUCAGUUGCCGGGGUUGAUUCCGUAAAGACCGAUGCCCAAUUUUUCCUUGACGCUUUAACCGACGCAACUGACCGUUCUCGAUUUACGGCUUCGUAUCAGGACGCCUGGUCGAUCGCUUCGCUGCGGCACUUUCAAGCAAAAGCCAUAUCCUGCAUGUCUCAAGCACCCCAGAUAAUAUUCCAUUCGCAGUUACCGACUACGAAACCGCGCAUACUGCUGCGUAAUUCCGAUGAUUUCUUCCCUGAUAUCCCAAGUUCCCAUCCCUGGCAUAUAUUCUGCAAUGCGCACAACUCAUUGCUGACGAGACAUCUUAAUGUUAUACCGGACUGGGACAUGUUCCAAACUAACCAUCCAUAUGCUUCCUUCCACGCUGCAGCUAGAUGUGUAUCAGGCGGGCCGAUAUAUAUCACUGACGAGCCAGGAAACCAUGACUUGGCCCUCGUGAACCAGAUGACCGCGCUAUCACUUGACGGAAAUAGCAUCAUUCUUCGACCUGCAGUCCUAGGCUCGACAAUAGAUGUCUAUCACAACUAUAACGAAGGCCACCUUUUAAAAGUAGGGAGCUAUACUGGCCGUGCACAUACUGGCAGUGGCAUCCUUGGCUUGUUCAACGUGGGCGGUCAGGAUGUAGUUUCUCUGAUAUCGAUCACCGACUUCCCUGGGAUUACCCCUGACACCGAGGCUGAAUAUAUCAUUCAUGCAUUUUCCACGGGUGAUACAAUCGCAGGGCCAUGUGACCAGAGCUUUCUGUUAUCCAUUGGCCUUGAGCAAGGAGGCUGGGAAAUCCUUACUACAUUCCCUAUUCGGACCUUUUCUCUGGGCGGGAAAAACGACAAGCGCAAUUCUGGUGAGCUGACAAAAGUAGCGGUUUUGGGUCUUUUAGGAAAAAUGACCGGUGUUGCCGCUAUUGUCGAUUCAGAUGUAUUCGUCACGCCGGAUGGUCGACUCCAGUUCAAUGUCAGCCUAAAAGCAAUCGGAGAGUUGGGUAUAUUCAUAUCCAAUAUCGGAACAAAGACCGUGGAGGACAACUUCAUGGUCAUGCUUUUGGGUAGAGCAGUCCCCGUUGAAACAGUCAAAAUCCAGGAAUCGAGGAAUUUGCUGUCGGUGGAUGUUUUGGCGGCAUGGAAGCACAUGAAGCUGGAGCGCGGAUGGAGUAAUGAGGUUACUGUCCAGAUAUUUAUGAGAUAG